AUGAUGGACUUAAUUCACUCUGAUUACCAGGGUUCCCGCCGAGGACGCACUCGUUCGGAUAAGAAUACCAAGGAAGCCAGCACGGACUGUCGCCUAAAAGGAGAAGAAGGCAAGACGAUACCCUUGAGUGGCUCGAUUACUACAUUGGUGGCAGCGACUACGGCGAACCCAACUGCCUCUUCUUCGUCGUCAACGACGGUCUCCGACCCCAUCCCAACUUCCUUUCGGUCCUUUGAUGGACGGACCGAUUUCCGCAGCUGGUUACGGCGCUUCUGCUUCCACACGAACGAGGUGCCACAGGACCAACGCUCCCGAUUAAUUUUUAAAUAUUUGGGAGACGACCAACUGGACAAGGCCCUUGACGCCGGGCUGUCAGUCUCCACACCUUUUGACACCUUGUGUGACGAACUUCAGAGACUGUUCCAGCCUAGAUUGGCGAUUGAGGGCGCGAUCCACCGCCUGCUACACCGUCGUCGUCAGUUCAGGGAAACACCUGACCAAUUCGCCGCGGAUCUAACGCAGCUGGCCUCCGACGCUUACCCGUCCCUCUCGGCGGCCGAUAGAGACCAGGUCGUCCUGUAUCACUUUUAA